AUGGUCGUGGGCGCCUGGGUCCUCUCUGGCCUCAGCGACCUCCAGGCGGACGAUUUCUUGCACCGCGUCCUCGAGUGGCUGGUGCCUGAGGGUCACUUCGUCUUCAGAGAGGCGUGCGGCUUCCAUGAAGAUACUCGGCCAUCAAACAGCACGUUGCCGAGAUCUCCAGUGUUUUACUGUCAAAUGCUGCAUUCAGUUACUACCAAGUCCUCUUCAUUUACCAUCUUGAGGGCUACAAGUUUACAGUCAUACGUUACUCAUGAGGGUGACCCCACCAAGUUGUGCUUUCUGGCUCAGCGCUCAGAGGUGAACAGCAGGACAAGGCACGCUGUGGACAUUCGGUAUUCUAAAUCUUUUAUCCUUAGGAUGGAAAGAUUACUCGGCCACACGUGGCUUUCAACUGGAGGCGAGUCCACAACAAGGAAAGGGAUUAUGUACUGGACAUUAGUUGACAACAUAGGACACUCCGAAAAGCAAACAGAAAAAAAAUAUAUUUCACUGCCUGUUGAUUUGACUGGAAUCCUUAGAUUACCCCUGGGUUAG